ACUGCUCGUUUUUGAUUUAUUUGAUUUUCUAGCAUUUUCCGUAGUCUGCAAUGGCUUCCUCUUCAGAUCCGGACAGGCGCAAAAAAGCUUUACAAGAUUAUCGAAAAAAAUUAUUAGAACACCGCGAGAUAGAUGCGAAAGUUAAAGAAUUUCGCCUCGGUCUUCGUGAUCUUGAAAAACAAUAUGAAAAAACGGAAGAUGAUAUAAAAGCAUUACAAAGCGUCGGUCAAAUUAUAGGCGAAGUAUUAAAACAACUGGAUGAGGAACGAUUUAUCGUGAAAGCAUCAUCUGGACCGCGUUAUGUUGUAGGAUGCCGUAAUAAAGUAAAUAAAGAAAAACUCAAACAAGGCACAAGAGUUGCAUUAGAUAUGACAACUUUAACAAUUAUGCGAAUGUUACCAAGAGAAGUCGAUCCAUUGGUAUAUAAUAUGAGUUUAGAAGAUCCGGGUAAGGUAAAUUUUGCUGGUAUUGGUGGACUUGGUGAGCAAAUCCGUGAAUUAAGAGAGGUUAUAGAGUUGCCUCUGAUGAAUCCGGAACUUUUUCUUCGAGUUGGUAUUAAACCACCAAAGGGUGUACUCUUAUAUGGACCACCAGGUACUGGCAAAACUCUCCUUGCCCGUGCUGUUGCUAGUACACUUGAAACAAAUUUCUUGAAAGUUGUUUCAAGUGCUAUUGUUGAUAAGUAUAUUGGGGAAAGUGCACGGUUAAUUAGAGAAAUGUUUGGAUAUGCCAAGGACCACGAACCAUGCAUUAUAUUCAUGGAUGAAAUUGAUGCAAUUGGUGGCAGACGUUUUUCUGAAGGUACAAGUGCCGAUCGGGAAAUUCAAAGAACUUUGAUGGAGCUUUUAAAUCAAAUGGAUGGAUUUGACUAUCUGGGACAAACUAAAUUAAUCAUGGCUACAAAUCGACCCGAUACUUUGGAUCCAGCUUUGCUACGACCUGGUCGAUUGGACCGAAAAAUUGAAAUUCCUUUGCCUAACGAACAAGGUCGCCUUGAAAUCUUGAAAAUUCAUUCAUCUCCUAUUACAAAACAUGGUGAAAUUGAUUAUGAGGCUAUUGUUAAGCUGUCCGAUGGAUUCAAUGGCGCAGAUUUACGUAAUGUUUGCACGGAAGCAGGUAUGUUUGCAAUUCGUGAUGAACGAGAUUUUGUUCAACAAGAAGAUUUUAUGAAAGCAGUUAGAAAAGUUGCAGAUGCAAAGAAAUUAGAAUCCAAAUUGGAUUACGAAAAAUUAUAAUUUAAUAAAUUAAAAACUUUAUACUUUAUGAUUUCUGUAUAAUAAGCAAUGAUCUCCAUCUCUAUAACAUCCCAUUAUCAACUCAUAAUUAUAAAAAAA